AUGGAGCCCAUUGCAGACGUGAGUUGCAAUUUGAAAGUGAACAUCCAUUGUGAAUCCUGCAAAAUGAAGAUGAUGGAAGUGUUGCACUCCGUACGAGGAGUGUAUGCAUUGACAAUAGAUGCAGAAAAAGGAACAGCAAAUGUUUGUGGAGAGGUGGAUCCCAAUAGGUUGUUAUUAGCAUUGUUAAAGUCAGGUCAACAUGCAGAAUUAAUAAAUGUGAAAUUGAAGCAUCCUUCUAUUAUUAAUAAUACUCCAAGAAAUCAACAUGGACACUAUAAUUAUGGCCAUGUUGGCCAUGGUUAUAAUAAUAACUAUAAUUCACUAGAUGGACCUUAUGGCUACAAUCAUGCAUUGAAUGAGCCAACUUCUUACUAUCCUACUAGAGGAGGAGCCAUGUUUGAUCAACCUUAUUAUGGUUCAACCUACUACAACUCUUCUCCUUAUGUUGGCUACGAAUCGAAUCGAUCUCUAACGAUGGAUCAUGUCAUCAAAGAAGAACCUAUGAACUGGUGUAGUAUAAUGUAA